CGAGCCCGGAGCAGCAGCGGGAGGAGGCGCCCACUUGCACCUGCCUGCAUCUCUCAACUCCUCCGCCCCAUGCAACUGACUGCAGCCAAGUGCCAUUAAAGCUGGCAGUCAGGAGGAUGCCUCACCUGGGUCCCUUCUGCUGGGAGAGGCAGGGCAAACCAGAGGAGAAUUCCCAGUGAAGGACUCAGAACUCUGAGAUUUCUCUUCUGUCACAGGCUGUGGCUCACCUAAGAAACUGCUCCACCUGAGGUGUGUCCAGGGCACGAGGAUGGAAGAUGAGGAUUGAGAAUCACCAAAAUGAACAGAGGCAGCUGGCGUCUCAUUGGUAAGUGGCUGGCAUUCCUUCGCUGGUGAUUGCUGCCUGUGAUGCUGCACUUCGGUUCCCCAGCCACUUAGGGUUUUUGACACAAUCACUUCUGCAAAGCCAUCCUUCCUCAUCGUGUUGCCAGAGACUUAGGCAUCUGCUCUGAGACAACUGCCUAGUUCUUCAAAGAACUGAGUGUGAAAACCAAGGCCUCUCCCCAGUGUAAUUACUGGGACAGCAGUGCUUAUUGAGCACUAAACAAGGAAAAAACUUUCCAGCACAUGAAUUGAAGAUAUUGGGGGACAUGUGUUGGAGAUGCCAUUGAUUGGAGGUAUUUUUGGAAGACUGCUAUUUAAUGGUAUUCAAGCCCUGCUAAGCAUCUUUUCUGCAUGACGACCACCACAAAAGGAUUACUUUAGAGAAACUGCUGCCAUUUUGAAGAGUGUGAUUUGGAGCCUGAUUCAGAAAAUAGGAUUUUUGUCAAUGAGGAAACUUCAGUAGUAAUCGCCAUCUGGAACCCAGUGACUAAGCAUGGCUUCCUGUUGGAGACUCAUUCUGUUCCUGUCUGUCAGCAGGUGGCUUUCAGAAUACUCUGAAGCUCUCUCUGGCCUUUCUACUUCAUAUGCUGCUUUGCUCAGAAUUAAGAAGAGUUCAACCUCGUCUGCCUUUGGUUCCAAGUCCAGACCACGGUUCAGCAGUCCUUCAUUAGGUACCAUCAGUGUUUCUCCGCCAAGCUGGAGAGGGGCAGCUCAGCAGUAUCACUUGCCAGGCAACCUUUAUCACUCCUCAGAUGCCUUCAGACAAGAUGAAAGUGUGGAUUAUGGGCCAGUAUUUGUGCAAGAACCUGAUGAUGUCAUUUUUCCAACUGAUUCUGAUGAAAAGAAGGUAGCCCUAAAUUGUGAAGUUCGUGGCAACCCGUCUCCUAGUUACAGAUGGCUUCGGAAUGGAACUGAAAUCGAUCUGGAUAGUGACUAUCGCUACAGUCUGAUAGACGGCACCUUCAUCAUCAGCAAUCCAAGUGAACUCAGGGAUUCUGGGCUGUACCAGUGCUUAGCCACCAACUCUUUUGGAAGUAUUCUUAGUCGAGAAGCCACUCUUCAAUUUGCCUAUCUGGGAAAUUUUAGUGGCCGGACAAGAAGCGCAGUCUCAGUGCGGGAAGGCCAGGGGGUUGUUCUGAUGUGCUCUCCACCGCCACAUUCUCCAGAGAUCAUCUAUAGCUGGGUCUUCAAUGAGUUCCCUUCCUUUGUGGCAGAGGACAGCCGGCGGUUCAUAUCCCAAGAGACAGGCAACCUUUAUAUUUCUAAAGUGCAAACAUCAGAUGUUGGCAGCUACAUUUGUCUGGUGAAAAAUGCUGUGACAAAUGCUCGCGUGCUCAGUCCUCCAACCCCACUCACGCUGCGAAAUGAUGGUGUGAUGGGAGAAUAUGAGCCAAAAAUUGAGGUCCAUUUUCCUUUCACUGUCACAGCUGCUAAGGGAACAACUGUGAAGAUGGAAUGCUUUGCACUUGGCAACCCGGUUCCAACAAUUACUUGGAUGAAGGUUAACGGUUACAUUCCUAGUAAGUCCAGACUGCGGAAAUCCCAGGCAGUGCUGGAGAUUCCAAACCUGCAGCUGGACGAUGCCGGAAUCUAUGAAUGCACAGCUGAAAACUCCCGUGGAAAAAACUCCUUUCGUGGACAGCUACAAAUAUUCACAUACCCACACUGGGUACAGAAACUGAAUGAUACCCAACUGGACAGUGGGAGUCCACUGCAGUGGGAAUGCAAGGCUACUGGAAAGCCCAGACCCACAUACCGCUGGCUGAAGAACGGAGUACCCCUCCUGCCGCAGAGCAGAGUGGACACAGUUAAUGGAAUAUUGGCGAUCCAUAGUGUGAAUCAAUCAGAUGCUGGGAUGUAUCAGUGUUUGGCUGAGAAUAAAUAUGGAGCUAUUUAUGCGAGUGCUGAGCUGAAGAUUCUAGCUUCGCCGCCCUCCUUUGAACUGAAUCAAGUGAAGAAAUCAAUAAUUGUUACCAAAGAUCGGGGAGUGCUCAUAGAGUGCAAACCCCAGGGAUCUCCAAAACCAGCCAUCUCCUGGAGGAAGGGAGACAAGGCAGUGAGGGCGAAUAAAAGAAUAGCUAUUCUUCCAGACGGAAGCCUGCGGAUCCUAAAUGCUUCUAAAGCAGAUGAGGGGAAGUACAUUUGCCAAGGGGUGAACAUCUUCGGCUCUGCAGAGAUUAUAGCUUCCCUGUCUGUCAAAGAACCCACAAGGAUAGAGCUUACUCCUAAAAGAACAGAGUUAACUGUUGGAGAGAGCAUUGUCCUCAACUGUAAAGCUAUCCACGACGCCAGUUUGGACGUUACUUUCUACUGGACACUAAAAGGGCAACCUAUUGAUUUUGAGAAAGAAGGCGGACAUUUUGAAAGCAUCAGGGCUCAAGCAUCCUCUGCAGAUUUAAUGAUCAGGAACAUCCUUCUGAUGCAUGCUGGGAGAUAUGGCUGCAGGGUACAGACCACAGCAGACAGUGUGUCAGAUGAGGCAGAACUUCUUGUUAGGGGUCCCCCAGGGCCACCUGGAGUGGUCAUAGUGGAGGAGAUUACGGAAAGCACAGCCACUCUCUCAUGGAGUCCAGCAACUGACAACCAUAGCCCCAUCUCUUCUUACAACCUUCAGGCUCGCAGCCCCUUCUCCCUGGGCUGGCAAACAGUGAAGACAGUCCCAGAAGUCAUCACAGGAGACAUGGAGUCAGCAAUGGCUGUGGACCUAAACCCCUGGGUAGAAUAUGAAUUCCGAGUGGUGGCCACCAAUCCAAUUGGGACAGGAGAUCCAAGCAUUCCAUCUCGAAUGAUCCGCACAAAUGAGGCAGUUCCAAAGACGGCACCCAGCAACGUGAGUGGAAGAAGUGGAAGAAGGCAUGAGUUGGUCAUUGCCUGGGAGCCAGUAUCAGAAGAGUUUCAGAAUGGGGAAGGCUUCGGCUACAUAGUGGCAUUCAGACCUAAUGGAACGCGUGGCUGGAAGGAGAAAAUGGUUACGUCUUCCGAGGCGUCCAAGUUCAUUUACCGAGAUGAAAGUGUCCCUCCUCUCACACCUUUUGAGGUCAAAGUUGGUGUUUAUAAUAAUAAAGGUGAUGGGCCUUUCAGCCAGAUUGUAGUCAUCUGUUCAGCUGAGGGAGAACCCACAGCUGCUCCCAUUGACGUCACAGCAACCAGUGUGUCAGUGUCAGAGAUUUUUGUUGUAUGGAAACAUGUUAAGGAGAGUCUUGGAAGACCACAGGGGUUUGAGAUUAGUUACUGGAAAGAUACCGAGCCAGAAGACUCCGUAGAAACAGUCCGAACCAGAGGGAAUGAGUCAUUCGUCAUGUUGACGGGAUUGGAAGGCAACACACUCUAUCACCUCACAGUCAGGGCUUACAAUGGAGCCGGCUAUGGGCCACCCAGCAGGGAAGCAAGCGCCACCACAAAGAGGCACCCCCCUAGGGAGCCGCCUGGCAACCUCCGGUGGGAGCAGCAGGGCUCCCAGGUUUCCCUAGACUGGGAGCCAGUCAGACCCCUAGCCAAUGAGUCUGAAGUCAUGGGUUACAAGGUUUUUUAUAGGCAAGAGGGUCACAGCAAAGGUCAAGUUAUUGAGACACAGAAACCUCAAGCAGUAGUGCCUCUACCUGAGGCUGGAGUCUACAUUAUUGAAGUUCGAGCGUACAGUGAAGGAGGAGAUGGAACAGCUAGCUCCCAAAUCAAGGUACCUUCAUAUUCAGGUGGGAAAAUCACAAGCGCUCAGUCAACCCUGCACUCUCUCUCCAAGUGGUCCUCAGUAACACUGCUCUUGGCUUUGAUGCUUCCUUCCAGUUCCUGGUGAAAGCUACUCAUGCAGUGAGGUUUUCUUUGCUUUAGCUUGAGAAAGCGGCAGCAGACAGAACGCAGAAUGAAUGGAGACUGGGUUCCUGAGAAAAGCUUUGAACACACACACGGGACUACAGAUGGUGCCCUCUCAGGAGUUUUGGGGGAGAAUAGGAGUUACCCAUCAGGCUUCUCUGGGGAUUUUGUAAAUGGAGAGGACAGUUCUUAGUCCAAUAAAAUAUGCAGAUUGUAUGUAAUGAAAUUUUGUAAGCACAGGUAAUUUCUGUCAGAUGUAUUCUUAAACUUUUUAAUAUGUUGGGAUUUGAUUUUUCUAUUUAAUGGCUCUGAGUGUCAUCCAUCCAUUGCUGAGGUGGUCUCUAUAGCCUGCUCAAAGUCAAACACAAACCCAAGAGAAGAAACAUCUUCUCAAGACUUUGUGUCUAGUGUUUUUCAAACUUCCCAUUAGAUCACUGCUUCAAUACAAAACCAGCAGGAAAUAUACAAAAAAAACCCUUCAGUUAUUGGUGUCCAUGAUAGGGGAAAUACGUAAAAGAAUUCUCAAAAGCUGUUGUAUGACUGAAUAAAAAAAAGAAAGGUUUUUUUCAAUAGGCCAUUGUAUAUGUGCUCUAUAGUAAGGUAUUAGGGAAUUUAAAUUAGAGGAAGCUAAAUAGAGAGUGAAUACAAACUGAGUUAUUGUGUCCCAUGGAGUAACAUGUGGCCUAACAGCAACCACAGUCCACAUGUAAUGUCUAAAGAUAGUUUAACGUCACAAAAAUAAUGACUAUUGAAAACAGCAGCAGCACAAACCACAGGUGCUAAUGUAAAAAUGUAAACAGCAUGGGACAGGAUAACCCAUUUCUCUACCUGCUGUCAAGACAGACAUAGAAUUGAGGGCAAGACUUUCUUCUACAUGAAAAUGAUUGUAAGGAUAAGACAAGCUGAUGGAAGAAGUAAUGAAGCAAAUUACUCAAACAAAAAAUUCCGACUUUUACGACAGUGUUAUUAUCAUAUGUCACCAAUGUUUCCCAGCUAUCGUAAUAAAGAGAGUUUCUUAGGUUCAACGAUGUUCUUAAAAUUGAGUUGUGUAAACACAGCAUGGCCACAGCAGUUCAGUUGGUCUAGCCAAAGUCUGCAUUGCUGAAUUCCAUGGAACUUUCUCCAUUGACUAAUUUGAGGAGUUAGAUUAAUUCUAAGAGAUAAUUGAUGGACAAGCUAAGUGAGAUCAUCCUACUUCCUGAGUGUGUGAUAGGACACAGAGCACAAGGACACAUCAGGAUCGUUUCACACUUAUGAUGAAUCCAGAAAUGAUACUGAAGAUAGCCUCACUUUCAAGAAAGAACCUGAAGGUGCUGGUUACAUGGGCAAUUCUCAUAUAGGGACACAAGGUAGAUUCUAUUGCUUUGUCUUUAUAUGAUCUAAGGCAAUUAACUUUAUUUACAUCUUUAAUAACAAACAAAAUGAAAACACUGAGCUUAGGUAAAUGUCAGUUGGGGAAGUCUAUCCUGAAUAUCCUAAAAGGGGUUUCAGGGUACAGUAUAACUCUUUGCAUAACUAUAACUCUCUAAACAGUUAUUCACAUUCUGUUUAGAGAGAAUUUUGUCCCAGAGAGCUCUUUAGUAAAGGAAAGUCAAUAUAAAAAGAUUAUUUUAGUCAACAGACUGUUACAGUAAAUACUAAGAGAGUGACUAUUCAAGCCUAUGAAUAAUCAAACCACGUGGCCUUUCUCAUGUGCAUCCAGGGGAGUAGGAGAGGCUGAAGUUCACCAAUAAAAGCGAAAGCUGAGCUUCCCAAAGCAUGGUGUCACUGCAGGAACAAAUCAUGCAUCUGAAAAACAAAUGUAGAAUGAUAUUUUUAGAAGAAUAUGUUUUUCAUAAUUGGUAAAUUGAGACAUUUUCUUCAUUUAUUGAUGCUCUCAUUUAGAUUACUCAAAAAACUUUAAGAAUCAACUUCUUAACUAAAUUCUACUAAAACAAAACCCAGUAAAAUAAAAAUGUCACAACAUGGCAAAUUCUAAUUAAUCAAUAUUAUCAAAGAAUUGCCUGAAUAUCCACAUAUAGAAUUUCUGAUGUUAUAUUCUCUCAGAAGUCAGAGAUGUGUGGUAUUUUUAUUCAAUAUGCACAAAAUAAGUAUUUUGCAUCAUGAACCUAUUUAAAAUAAAGCAGGUUUUCACUGUAUGUGUAUUUCUGUAUCCCACAUUUGUUAUUUUGUAGCAAGCAAACAACAUUCCUGUCAAGGAAUAUUAUUUUCCAACAACAGUACUGAGUAAACCUUUUCUCUGGUGGAAUGGUAACCGCACAGUCUUAAGUCACUGCAGAGACUGUAUUUUUCUACAAUACAAUGGGCACACUGAACCAUAAGAAAACAGUUCUCCUUAACAUGAGACACUUCAUGACAGCCAAUGUUUUGCAUAUGUAACUGAAGGCACUGUGGACUCUGUGUCAAACUGUUAAGUAUGUUAUAUACAAUCUGUAUAUAUACUAUAUAUAAUGGUAUAUAUCAUGUGGAGGGCACAGUAAGAUAAUAGUUCUGUGUACUGUUCUUGUAACAAUAGACCUUUUUAAUAAAUAAUUCUGUUUUUAUU